GUGACAUUUCUGUGGCAUUUGGGCAGCAGUUGUAGAUAGGAAGUUACCUCUCCUCGCUCAAAGUGCCACAUAGAGUGUUGGCUCCAUGCAUGACGCCUCUAAUGAUGAUGAAUGUGCUCCGCUCAGAGAGAGAUGAUCGGAGCAGCAGAGUCUCAGUGAACAGAGCGAAGCGAUGGAGAGAUGCUCCAUCUCUCCUGUCGCACGACUGACCGCCCUCCGCUGCCUCCUCUCCCUCCUCCUGGUUGCUCUGGUGACACAGCCCUCCACCUGUAACCGUGACGACAGAGAGGGCGAGGAGGAGCAGGUGGACGCCCUGUCGGUCCAGCUGUCUGUCACAACCCAGGUCACACCCACCCCUCUGUGGGCGGUGGUCUGGGGUCCAACUCAGCCUUUGGAGGAUGAGACCUACCACUUCCUCUCCAGCCAGGAAAAUGACCCUCUGCACCCGCAUCCUCGCGGGAGACAACUGGAGGACAGCACUGCCACAUCCGAGGAGUGGCCUUAUCCCAGCGCGAGCAUGCAGCCCAGAGAGGACGCACCGCUGGAGUCGAGAGACCAGGAGGGAUCUGAGGACGGAGGAAUGGAGGUGGAGUCUGAGGAAGUGGAUCCACAAUUCUACGUCACCGUGACCAUCUCAUCCCUUCUGAUCUUGACAGCAGUCGUCAUAACUGCAAAACUCUGUUAUGAUCGCAGCUGUUCCCAACAUCCGCCCCCGCUUUCCCGUGGCGUGGCUCCCCCCCUCUCCCUCGCACUCCCUCGCUCCCUUGCUUCAGAGGACAGCCGGCAGACGCUGCACAGCACCUCCUCCUCCUUCACCGACAGGGAGAGGUAAUGAGUCGCCUCGCCAGCUCGGCACAGUCUGGAUAUCUCAUGACUCUAAUUUGCAUGUGUGUGCACCUUUGGAUAAAGUUAGCUUCUUUGUGUGUGUGUAUAAAGCAGUUUUCUUUUCCUUUUGUAUGCAUGAACAUGGAGAAUAAUUGGACAGUAGUGCUAUUCUCCAAGGAGUGCUCAUGGCUGGAGUGUUGCUGUAAGAAGUAUCCAUGUUUUUAAACUCCCUCUCCAGAUGAGUCAUCGUGGGCCCAGCCGCCGUCCAUGAAAUGAUGCUUUUAUUUGAGGGUAUUCAAAGUUAAUCUCAAUCAGGAUAAUAAUAGUGCUCCCUCUCACUUCCACCUCCCCAUCAGCUUUUCCUUCCUCCCUCUUCCGCCUUCUCUUCCGUCUCUUUUCCCCCCGCCGCCCUCUCGGUCCCCUGUGAUGCAGCUUUCCGUUUGCGUGUGCACCACUUUCUCAGCUUCAGGCCUCUCUGCUCUACUUCUCUCCUUCUUCUUCUUCUCCUUCUUCUUCUUCUUCUUCUUCUUCUUCUGUCUUUCCUUUCGUCCUAUCAUCAGGGCUCCCCAAGCUUCCCACAACACUCUCCUCCUUCUUUUACUUUCCCCCCCUUUUCCUUCCCACUCUCAUUCUUCUUCUCCUUCUCUGUCUCUGUCGUGUCAGGAUCCCAGUAGUGAACCUCUGAGGUGACUGUUUCUCCAUAUGGUAAACAUUUCUACGGGGCCUGAGGAGGAACAUCAACAUGACCAGAGGGUGUGCCUGCAGUGCCGUUUUAUUUUCUCUGAAACUGUGAAAUGAAUUCAGGGAUCCCAGGUAUCCAGCCAUCACAAAAACUCCUCGGCUCCCCGGAGGUCUUAAAAAAACAACCCAAACUCAUCUUCCUGCUGCUCUCUCUCUCUUCCCUUCCCUUCUUAUCCUCCUCUGUGUUCUGUGUUCAUUUCUUUUAUGUGGCUCUGCGUCACUGUAACCUGCUCCUUGUUUUCCAUCCCCCCCGUAUGGCCCCGAGCUCUGCCAAAAUACCCAACAGCUCGGUGUUUCGACCUGCCUUGACUAAUUCACAAGCAAGCAGUUUAACAGCCAUGCAGAAUCCCAUUACCCAUGAAACGCCCUACCUGUGCUUCCACAAUUGUUUCCAAUAACUCAGUAUUAGAUCUAAUGCAGCAGACUGUUCUCUCACUCAAAUUCAGUUCAGUGUAGCAGGCUGGUAUCUGGUGUGUAAACGGUUAAAAAGCCAUUCUCAGCAUCUCCAAACACUGAACAGGGUAUUUCACAAAGCUCAUUGGCACAGCUCUAGCCAACAGGCAAUGUGUUUAACAUGUCACGCUCCAAAAACUGCUGUUUAUCCCCCGCUUUGGGCGCCUGAAAUGCAAAUAGUGUGGCUUUUUCCCUCUGCAGAGUGUGCAGGAGUCUGUUUUGUUUCUCCCCCCCCUCAUGAUUUGUUCUCUUAAUUAUGUGGCUGACGCUCACCCUCUUUGUCGAGCACCCUUUGUUCCUGCUGGACUGUGUUGAGGUGUGUUAAUCAUAAAGAACCUCCACUGGUGGAGAUAAAAUACAUACAGCACAGGGGUGCAUGGAAGAGGCAUUCCUGUUGAAAAUCAGUGUCUCCCGAAGGUUUCUGGUGGCACACAACAAAGACAGAUUUAUGGCAUCAUGGAAAUGAGCAUCUGUAGACUGUAUGCGUGAUCAAAGGACUGACAUUACUACUACAAGGAUUUUUUCCCCCCUCGAUGACAGCCAAGAAUCUCAAACUGGAGGACAAAAUCUACCAUCAUUUUGCUUCAUAUCAGUAUCAAGAAACUAAAUAUCCAAAGGAAAGAAGUGCACAGAGAAGCAUCUUUUCUCUCUCUCUCCAAUGAAUCUGCAUGUAUAUAGUAAGAAAACCUGAGAGUUGCCUCAGAUCUAUUAUUUAUAAAUGUCUAUUUUAUCUAUAAGUGAGUGAUAUAUUAACAAAUCUUCUAAAGCCAAAUGUCAGGUUGCGUUUUGCAACUUUUUUAAGCAUCUUCCAGACAUGAAAAACCCCCUGGAUACACACAUUUCCACUACAGACAUAGUGCUGGUGGCUUCAUGAGUGGCUCGUGCAAACCUACAGAUAUAAAGUCUUGUGAUAUUUAGUAGCAUUCCUGUAGAAAUGUGGUCUUUCUGUACCAUGGAAGUUCAAUAAAGACUGGCGUUUUA